AUGGCAUCGGCCACAGCCCUCCCGGUGCAGCCGCAAGUCCGCCUGCUCCACCACUCGCCAGCAGGGUGCGUGAUAGUCCACAAGCCGCCUGGGGUGCCGUUCCACGCCACCGGGGACCAGCCUGGCCUGAUGCAGCUCAUCCGCAGCCAGCAAGGGCAGGCGCACCUGCCAUAUGAGGGACCGCUGUGGCCCGUUCACAGGCUGGACUUGAUCUGCAGCGGCUGUGUGGUGCUGGCCACACGGCAGGAGGCCGCAGGGGAGCUGAUCGGCGCCUUCCGGCAGCGCCAAGUCCAUAAGUACUACUGCGCCCUCUCAGACAGGCGGCCCUCCAAAAAGAUGGGCUCAGUUGCGGGAGAGAUGCAGCGGGGGCGCAGGGGCGCCUGGAUGCUGGCACGCAGCUCUGCUGCGCCAGCAGCCGAUGCGCCAGCCCCUCCCGUCUAUAAGGCGGUCACGAGAUUCACCAGCACGGCAGUGCUGGGCAGCCGGCCGGGCCUGCGGGCCUUCCUGCUCAAGCCUGAGACGGGGCGCACGCACCAGCUGAGGGUGGCUCUGAAGAGCCUGGGAUCCCCAGUGCUAGGCGACGAGCGGUAUGCGCAGAAAGAGGCAGCGGCGUGGGAGGAGCGCGCAUACCUCCACUGCGCGGCGCUGCGGUUUGAGCUGGGCGGGGCAGCCGUGCAGGUCGUCUGCCCGCCUGAGCACGGCGCCGAGUUUGCAGACUCGCCAGGCUUCCGUGCCGUGUUUGACGCCUGGCUGCCGCAGUCCAUGGAGCAGGAGCUAGGGCCUUGGUUUGCCGACAGCAAGCUGCUGCGCAGCAGCUUACAGUAG